GCCGAGCGGGUCCACGGGCAGACGGGCAGGAAGGCUGGGCUCCGCGCGCAGUGAGCGCCGUGGACGCCGGAGCGGAAUCACCACCCCUGGGGCGGACCCGGAGGAACUGAGCCCUGGUCCUCCUCACUGCGCACCUCUGAGGUUCCAUUCCAAACAGUCCUUUCUGCCAGAAGACUGUGGUGCCAGAAAAAUCCUCCUGCCUCUGGGAUUCAGUAGCCAAAAGAACCAGCCUGUAAAGUAUCAGUUGAAUUCAUGACUUGAUCUUGUAAAUAACCAAAUGUAGCUCAUCUUUAUAAGCCAGAUCAAAUGCAUGCAUGAUGGGCAGGAGGAGAGAGCUGGCAUGCCGAUGACCCCGUCUUUGCAUCCGUGGCCAUCUUCAACUCUGCCAUGUGUUGCCGGAGAAACAAGGCUGGCAGGGCAGGCUUCGUCACUGAACCUUCUGGAAUCUUCUCAUCUGCACCAUGAAUGUCUCUCACUUCCUGGCCUUACUGCUCCCAGGAUCCCCACAGGGUCAAAACAGGAGCAGAUCAAGGAGCAUUCCGUAUAACUUCUCAGACCACUGCCAGGAUUCUGUAGACCUGAUGGUCUUCAUUGUCACCUCUUAUAGCAUUGAGACUGUUGUGGGGGUCCUGGGCAACCUCUGCCUCAUAUGCGUGACCAUGCGGCAGAAGGAGAAGGCCAAUGUGACCAACCUGCUCAUUGCCAACCUAGCUUUCUCUGACUUCCUCAUGGGUCUCCUCUGCCAGCCGCUCACGGCUAUAUACACCAUCAUGGACUACUGGGUCUUUGGGGAGACCCUUUGCAAGAUGUCGGCCUUCAUCCAGUGCAUGUCAGUGACAGUCUCCAUCCUUUCACUUGUCCUUGUGGCCCUGGAGAGGCAUCAGCUCAUCAUCAACCCAACAGGCUGGAAGCCCAGUGUUCCCCAGGCCUACCUGGGAAUUGUGAUCAUCUGGCUCAUCGGCGGCUUCCUCUCCCUCCCCUUCCUGGUCAACAGUGUCCUGGAGAAAGUCUUUCAUAGGAACCACUCCAAGGCUGUGGAGUUUCUGGUAGAUAAGGUGGUCUGUACCGAGUCGUGGCCACUGCACCACCACCGCAUCGUCUACACCACCUCCCUGCUGCUCUUCCAGUACUGUGUGCCCUUGGCCUUCAUCCUGGUCUGCUACGUGCGCAUCUACAGGCACCUGCGGAAGCGGAGGCAGGUGUUCCGCAAGGGCACCUACAGCUCACGGGCAUGGCAGAUGAAGCGGAUCAAUGGGAUCCUCGUGGCCAUGGUGGUGGCCUUUGCUGUGUUCUGGCUGCCCCUGCAUGUGUUCAACAGCCUAGAGGACUGGUACCACGAGGCCAUCCCCGUCUGUUACGGCAACCUCAUCUUCUUGGUGUGCCACCUGCUUGCCAUGGCCUCUACCUGUGUCAACCCUUUCAUCUAUGGCUUUCUCAACACCAACUUCAAGAAGGAGGUCAAGGCCCUGGUACUGACGUGUCAGCAGAGUGCUCCGGUGGAUGAGUCCGAGCAUCUUCCCCUGUCCACGGUGCACACAGAAGUCUCCAAAGGCUCUCUGAGGCUCAGUGGCAGGUCUAACCCCAUUUAGUCUGGUUUAGGGCUUCUCCCUGCCAUGUCCAUUGCCAGGCUGUCUCACUCAGCUAAGUGGGCCAGUUGCAUCAUUACUGGCAUUGUUAGGGCAUUCUGGUGGCACUCCAUCAUUGCUGGUUUUUUUGAGCCCAGAGAGGAUAUAGAGAGCCUCUUUUUGCACCCAUUUGCCCUGUGAAGCCCGACAUUCACACGAUCCAGGCAUUUGUUCCUGGGGGAGUCCUGAGUUUGGAUUCUGCAGGUUAUAUAUAUAUAGCAUGCCUUGCAGCCUGACCAGGUGCUGGAACCAGAGAUGGCCUGCUUGUAGCAGGCAGAGUUUAUUCUGGUAAUUCACAAACAGAUGCUCAGCCUAGGAACCCAAGGGGUUCACCUUGGCCAAUGAGACUGUGAGGUCACCGUGGGGUGAGGGAAGGAGCACGUGGGGCCAGGGCUCUGGACCUUGGUCAGUCCCUCACCUCUGGGAAAGGUGAUGUUGGUAAACAGAAUUUAUGAGUAGUAAAGAAGUCUAUGAAGACAAGGUAGAGGGAUUACUCUCAUAGGGUUCGAGUAUUACAUUGCAGAGCAUGGAUCCUGGUCAUCUUGGGUCCUCGUGCUCUUCUGCAGCACGGAAGUCAGGCCUGAGCAGCAAGAACCCCAGGAUUCACCUCCUGCUCCAACUUUCUCUUUCACUGCCUCUGCCACCUUAGUUGGAAAUAAGCCUGCAAGUGUUCCCCCCCACACCUUGAAAAUACCUUGAGGGGGAUACCUGCAUUGUCACGGAGCUGGUCCACACCUAGGACAGAUGCUGGUGCAUGGAGAGGGCUCCAGCAAGUCAGGCUGAUGGCAAACCUGCCCUGCUGAGUGCUCAGCUGAGCACAAGCACCCUGGGCCACAAUCCAGCAUGGGGAGGACUCAGGCUGCUUCAGCCAUGCUUUUACCUCCUCUUCCUGGCCUUCAGGACUUCUCUCAACAAGGCAGCUGGCCAGCAACUCUGUGUGCCUCCCCAUCAUUGACCCACUGCCAAGGCCGACAGCACUCUGACUGCUAACCUGACUUGCUCUAGGUGAUGUGCACCCUUGUUGAAAAGCCUCACCAAGGCUUCAGGAAGGGUAGGGGCUGGGGGGUUCUUUCAUUUGGCUUAAUGGGACACUGGCUGAAACCUAGAUUUCCUCCCCCAAAAAGGAAGGAAAGCCUAAAAUGAAUAUGAUUAUCUCACCCAUGCCCCAGUCUUCUGGCUGCUGACCCAGAUCCAAGGCUUUAUCUCUGUGUGGACCAGACAGACAGAUCAAGAUCGCCUCUGGGCUACUUUUGAUGGGAUGCCAGGUCUGGCUCUUGCCUGCUCAGACCCAUUCACCCUGGGGCAGAGUGGUCACUGGUUAGACCCACCAUGGCUUCCUGGGGCAGGAUAUUCAGGUGCCCAGAGCCCCCGAGGAGUCUCACUGGGAGGCUACUAGGACUGCUGUUCACAGGAUAUCUGGCAGAGGGCCAAGCAGCAGGAGUUUGAACAGCCAUGUCUGACUGUCUUCAGGAAGGGUAGGGGCUGGGGGGUUCUGACCAGGAACUUGCGCAGCCAACACCCAAGUCAAGCGCUCCAUUGGGCCAUGAGCUCCAUUCUUGGGGCUAUUUGUUUUGUCCCAGCUUUUGGUCACAGCUCUCAUGCUGUUCCUUUGCUGACCUCUACCCUGGCUUUCAGGAUAGAUUUUGAGCUAUUCUGUCAGGCAUGGCUUGUGCUGGUCCUCUGGUGCCAUCUGCUGCAGGCUGCUCCAGGUAAAGCCCAGACCCAGGGGCUCAUCCCAGAGUGAUGUCAUUGACCAAGCUUCCCAAAGAAUUUGGGGGCCCCUCCAGAACCCCAUGUAGUUGCCUGGAAUUUAUGUCUCAUCACCUAUCUCAAUGGGGAUGCUUGGGGACAAGGAUGCUUUAGGGUGCCCAUACACUUGAGGACACGGACUGGUCUGGGGAUCUGGCAAAGGUGCUUGACAUUAAGAAUCGGGGUAGUGGGUGAAAGUUUCGUUGAGCAUCUUCUGUGCUCCCCUCACCUUGUCUGGGUGGACACAACCUGCCUGGAUGGCUGUCUCCUGCUCCCAGUUCCUAGUGCCCCUUGGAGUUGUCUGGCUCCCCAGCACCCUGGGAUCAUGUUGUUGAAAGUAGGGUCAGAAAACCAGCAGUCUCAGCAUCACUUGGAACUUGACAGACAUGCAGGAUCUCUGUUCCCACUUAAGAACUAGUAAAUCAGAAUCCUCAUUUGAUCAAAUCCUCCAAGUUAAUGGUGUACACCUUUGAGUGUGAGAAGCUCUGCUCGAGGAAACAGAGGGCCUUGCAGCCUGGAGGCACUCGGGGAGCUCUGCGGGCAUGCACUCUGGGAUAUCAAAGACAUCUCUAGGAAUCCUGGUUCUGGAGAUUGGGCUGCACAGUGGUAUUGCUGAAAAGGUGGGUUGUUUGCUCUGGUUGUUUGUCUCAUCUCUGUCUGCAUGUGGACAAAAAUUCUCGUGAUGCCUUUCCAUUCCUCCAAUAAAUAUUUACUGAAUGAA